GACAGGUGCUCAGAGACGGCAGAGGAAGGUGGUGGACACAUCGUCCACCUAUGUCCGCGGGGAGGAGAAUCUCCAGGGUUGGAGACCACGCGGAGAUUCCCUCAUUCUGGAACACCAGUGGGAGCUAGAGAAACUGACCAGACUGGAGAUGGUUGAAAAGGCCCGCCACCUCCUGAUGCUCCGAGACAAGCUCUCAGAACAGACCAAAGGGAGCGAUCUCACCAAGAAAGACAAAGACGUCACCAACAUGACACAGAAAGCCAGUGGAGAGAAGGCGAGCACGGAGCAGAAUAAGACGGAGAAGGAGAUGGUAUCUGGAGAGCUGAGGAUUGACACCAGUAUGGAGGGUGAUCUCAGUGAGAAAGAAAUGGCUCUGGCAUCCAAGUGUGUCCGGUUUAUGACCCAGGGACGUCUGCCCUUGAACCCGCUGACCCCUAAGAACACCGAGCCCCCAGUGUGUGACCUGACCCCUACUGAUGGCAGUGAUGUCCAGUCCAGCUCAGAGUCUGAUCGGAUGACCAACAGUUUGGCCAGUAGUAAUGCCUCAGAACCACUCUUCAGGCCCAUGACACUGGACGUAGGGAAGUCCUCCUCCAGUUACUCAAUGUACUCCAUCGCCUCGGAGGCGUCAGAUCGGUCCCCAAUGAAAGGCGAAGAGCUCCUGAUCCCGGAGGUGGAGGAGAUUCGUGUCAGCCCAAUAGUGUCCAGGAAAGGCUACCUAAACUUCCUGGAGGAGAAGACCAGUGGUUGGAUCAAGAGAUUUGUGGCUGUACGUAGACCCUAUGUGUACAUCUAUAACAGUGAGAAAGACCCCGUGGAGCGUGGUCUCAUCAACCUGACCACAGCAGAGAUCACCUACAGUGAGGACCAGCAGGCCAUGCUGAAGACAUUGAACACUUUCUCAGUGAUGACCAAGCACCGUGGCUUCCUAAUCCAAAGUCUUGAUGACAAAGACUUCCAUGACUGGCUCUAUGCCAUAAACCCACUUCUAGCGGGACAGAUCAGAUCAAAACUUUCCAGGCGGAAACUAUCAGUUAGGACUUGAACUGAGAAGUGCCAUUUUCAGAAUUUUUCAUAAAAAACUGAUUCUCAAAACAACACAAGGGGAUACUCUAUUUUAAAGAAAAUAUCUCUAUAAGCACAUAUCAGCAGCUGAAAAUUCCCAUGUAGAUCAAGAAAAUUCCCAUCAAGACUUAAGAAAAUUCACCAUAGUCUCAACAUUUCAAGGUGCGAGUAAUAAGACAUUUGAUGAGGGCAACCUGCAGCCCCAUCUACAGUGAAGACGUGUGUAUAAAGGUUAUUUUCAAAAAUUAACAGGAUUUUCACAUCACUUUUAAAAGUGCAAAUGUACUUGAUCCACCCCAGCUAAAGGUGCACUUCAUGGUCUGUCUUGUGAAAGCUAUUGCAGCGCCAUCUUUCACGAUUGAUUGAGGUGCUUUCUUUGGGGCAGCAGCAGUGAUAAAGGCAUUUAAAGGAAGCAGGUUUUGUGGAUUCACAAUUUUUGUGACUAAAUAGUGAACAGAACACUGUUACCACCAGGUAUAUGUGCAUAUGAGGAUAUUGAAAUUUGAAUGGAAGGAUUUUCUUGGGACAGGACUAAGGAGAGCACCUGCAGCGCCAUCUAUACACUUGUGCCAGGAAAAACUGGCACCCUCUACACAUGGAACUUUUACAGCAGAUCUGGAUUCUGGUUGAAGGACAAUGCGUUCUUUGGUUUUGUAUAUGUAGAAGGUACAGGAAAUUUUGCAGCAAUUUUAGGAAAAGUUUCAUAGUAGAGCAACCUGCAUUUAUUCUUGAUAUAAUGGUAGGAUGUUACCAAGGAGAUCAAGGUACCGUAGAACUUCAGCUGGCAUAGACUACAAGAAACUGAACAAAAUAAAUGAUAAUUUACCCCUUUAUCUUUUACUAGAUUCUGGAUUACUUCAGUAAUGCAGCAACAAUGCAAAGAACUUGCAAAAAUGUCAACUUACAAUAUGACAUGCUUAACAUCACAAAAAAAGACAAAAUAAUUAUUAUUCUAUCAUAUGGUAUUAAUGUCUCAUUGGAGUUAUAUCAGUUGUCUUUUGACUGGUGUUACUAUACAUAAAGAGGAUAUUUGUGUAUAAUUAUCAUCAUAUAAAGCAUGUCAGUAUUUAUUGUGCUUCUGGAUGUUUGGGAGUUACACAUGACAUUUGUUUUGUCUGCCAUGUGUGAUAUGUGCCAUUGCCUGCCAUUGGCUUAUUUCUCUCCUUAUUUGGUUAGUUUGAAUUUUCAGCUGAUUGAUUAGUUUCAGAAAAUCUUAUUGGUCACAAUGGUCAGAUAGAACAUCCAAAUGGUUCAUUUCUUUCCAAUGCAUUAAUUUAUGUUUUAAAAUGGGGAGAUGUUUGGCUUUUACAGACAUUGGUGUCGUGGCACUUUAUGGCACGAUUGGUUGGCAGAAACAUAAUAGAAAAUAAGCAGGCAUGUGAUUGGACAAAAUCAUGAUUCUAUUUGAAAAAAAAAUUGAAAUGUCAUGUAAAAUUAUUCAACUAUGAUAGUGUGAGUGCAUAAAUAUAAGAGACAUUUUGAAAUAUUAUACCUCAGUUUCAAGGUACACAGCUUGUGUAUUUGCUAGCUAUUGAUGUGCAAAGUAUUUUGUGUGUGAUGUCACUUGCUCCACUGGUUGACUUUGAAGGCUCAGAUGCUCAGUUCAGACACUAAUUAUAGCUAAACAUGGCCAUUUGGAACUUUGGAUUUGUCUAACCCUUUCUCAGGCUUAUGACAUGCCCAAAUGCAACAGCAAAGAUAAUGAAGUUAUGAUCUUUCAAUAUGUUUCAUCAUGCAAACUUGCAAUUCAUCUGAAAAUAGAAUUUUGAAUAUACAAGAUAAAAAGAUGUUCACUGAUUAUUUUGACAAAGCAGUAGUGUGUGUGUGCUGUGCAUCCUGAUCCCAGUUUCAAAGUCUUAUCUGGAGGAGAAAGAAUCACAAUAACAUCAGUGCUAAAAAAGCUUAUUUUACUCAAAACAGUUGUAUAAAUGUAUAGUUUGAAGAAACCAGAUUUCUUGUAGUUUAUUGUGAUAUUUGUGUAUAGAUUUUUUGUUGUAUCACUUAUUAAUACUGUUGUAAUAAUGUACAUAUCAUAACCACAAUAACUGUUCUAGGUACAGUGAAAAAAAAUACUGAUAAUUAGCCAAGACUUAAUCAUUCUCUUUUGUCAGUAUAAAGAAUGGCGUUAGGUUUUUAAUUGAAAUAGUAGAGGAACUCUUCCUCUUAUGCCGUUUCAUGGACUCACCAGCUAUUGCAUAGAAUGCAUACCAUGUGUGGGAAGGACUAUGAAAACUUGGCCCAAUUACAAGUGAAAGAUUUCCAUACAAGAUCUAAAAAAUUGAUCAUUUGUUUUUAUGUUAAGGUUGAUGAUUUUCUCAUUCCAUUACCACAAUACAGUAUAGGAUGACUGCCCCAUAUUAUCUAUUCAACACAUGGUUAAGUUGAUAGUUGUACACAUACAGUGUCUAUUUGGUUUGAGAAACCAGCUGUCAAAAAUGACAUAGUAAUUAAAUGGUGUGUGUUGGUUAUAGUAUAUAGCUUUCACUGGCGCCGAGCAUGUGAAAGAAUAAUAGAAAACUGAACAAAAAUGAGCAGGCCUCAAAUUAAGCCAUAUUAUUAGUUAAACAAGCUAGUACAUUUUGUUAGUCUUUAGAUUUUAAUAGUUUUUCAUCAGAGGCAAAGUGCAAAUCAAGUUAUUGUACAUUAGAUUUAGAUGACAGUGCUGACGAAUAGUAUGAAUUGUGUCUUAGUACUGUCUGUGUUAUUUUAGUCUCUUACGCAAGUGGUAAGAUGCAUCUUAGUCUGUUUUAUAUUUUUAUUGGUGCUUACCUCUUUUCUCAACAAGCCUGAUGUAAAAAAUGUAUUUAGUUUUAUCAAUCUCUUUAAUAUUGUAAGUAUUUCAAAGCUUUCAUCUUUUGAGGUGGGUUAUAUGAUAAAGGUAAUUUUUUAUUCCAAAAAUGACAUCUCUUUUAUCAACAUUGUUUACAAAACUUUGGAUGGAUUUACCAAGAAAAUACUGAUUGAUAUUCACUGCAGGUUAUAGUGUGUCCUGGAUGAUUUAAGUCAUCAGAGAUUAAGGUUUCGGUUAUCAUUUAGGAAAUAUUUAAAAUGGGGUCGGGGGUUGGUGCGAUUUGAGCGGUUUCCAUUGAACAAUGAUGUAAAUUUCUUCUUACUUUAAUUCAAAAAUUGAAACAAGGAUUUGUAUUUUCAGAAGGCCUUAUUCUGUGAUGUGACAAUUCAUGAAGAAGGUUCUUAUUUUGACUUGACAGUUACUGGGUAUUUAUGUACGACAUUUUUGCUCAAAUCUUUUUAUUCGGUUACAUUUUUGCUGCAUAUUGCCAUUUUUACGUCUGCGGUGUCUAUGUAGAGAUAUUCCUAUCUGAGCUAUGUGCAAUGUUCUGUUCAAACGCCACAAUAAAGAGAUAGUAGUAUUCAUGUAACAGAAAACAUGACCCUCGUA